CGGGACUCCAGAUGAGCGCGCACAUUGGGGGCACUCACUUGCGACAGCGCGUGCAAACAAAAUGAGUCCUGAUGGAGACACAUUAUCAGUGAUUGAGAAUACGGCUGCCAUCCGCCAUCCCUUCCGCUCAGAGAAGGCAGAAGUCGUGGAACAAAGCCAGGGAGUGCAGAACUGGUUGAAUGGGUUUCAGAAUACACCUCACAUUACUCUAGCUCAAAGGCUGGUGAGGCUGCUGGCAGCUGUGUGUGUACUUGGACUCCUGGGAGGCUUGGCUGUCGGGGUCUGGUUUUUAGUCAAGUUUCUCCUGAGGCCGUCAUCUUCUCACCGUCCAGUGGGACUCGGGGACACAAAAGAGACGCCAUUCUGCAACAUGACAGAGGACGUUUCCAUCUCCGACCCCAGGAAAGUGUUUUACAGGAUCAGUCCCGAGAACUCCCUGCUGGAGAUCCAGCUGGAAAAGCUGCCCACCUGGUUGCCAGUGUGCUAUGAAAGGUGGAACUCUUCUUUGGGAACGCUGGUGUGCAGGCAGCUGGGUUAUCUGAGGCUGACCAAACAUAAAGGAGUGAAUCUGACUGACAUCGGGCCCAAUUAUACGGACGGCUUUUUACAGAUAAGCCCAGAACACAGGGGAAGUCUGGAAAACAUGUGGCAAUUCAGGCGGACCUGCAUCACUGAUAAGGUUAUCGCUUUGCAAUGUUUUGAGUGCGGCACACGAGCCAAGCUGCCCAGGAUAAUUGGGGGAGUCGAGGCCACGCUGGGCAGGUGGCCAUGGCAGGUCAGCCUCUCCUACAGCAACCGCCACACCUGCGGAGGCUCCAUCAUCACCAGUCAAUGGAUAGUAACAGCUGCUCACUGUGUGCACAACUACAGGCUGCCUCAGGUAUCCAGCUGGGCGGUCUACACAGGUCUUGUGAUGCGAAACUCAGCAAACAUGACGGAGCAUGUGGGGCAUGCCGUGGAGAAGAUCAUCUACAACAAGAACUACAACCACGUGAGCCACGAUAGUGACAUCGCCUUGAUGAAACUACAGACACCACUUAAUUUCUCAGAUACAGUUAGGCCUGUUUGUUUGCCCCAGUAUAACUAUGACCCACCUGGAGGAACACAGUGCUGGAUCUCUGGCUGGGGAUACACACAACCUGACGGUGUUCACUCAUCAGAUAUCCUGAAAGAGGCCCCUGUUCCCAUUAUAAGUACCAACAAGUGCAACAGCUCCUGCAUGUACAAUGGCGAGAUCACACAGAGGAUGCUCUGUGCCGGAUACACGGAGGGAAAAGUGGACGCGUGUCAGGGUGACAGUGGCGGUCCUCUGGUGUGCCAGGAUGACAACGUGUGGAGGUUAAUGGGGGUUGUCAGCUGGGGGAAUGGCUGCGCCGAGCCCAACCACCCUGGAGUCUACACCAAAGUGGCUGAAUUUCUUGGCUGGCUCUAUGAGAUGAUGGAGAAUUACUGAGUCAAGAAACACAAGCAGAGGAGGCAAUUCAGCAGUGCACAUUUUUACAACGUUAUUUAAUGUAAACUUACAUAUCAGACUGAAAGCAUCAAGACGCAUUGUCUUUUUUUAACGUACCAAAUAAAAAGGUCUAUUGUCACGUAAUUAUCAGUUGUAGGUCCUCCUCUCUUCACCACCAGGUGUCACCUGUGUAAC